AUUUAACUCUUGGCCACGUCCACCGGCCACGUCGCCCCGCGUUCGCCAUAUUUCUCGGAGGAAUGCGCUGGAAAAGUGUUGGAAAGCGGUUCAAGCAAAUUUCACCCGUCUCGUAUUCGUAACAGCGGAUAAAACGAUUCACUCUUGCUUCGUGUUCAAGUCAAGGAACAUUUAAAAGCCACAAUGAAUAUCUUUAGGCUGGCUGGAGAUCUGUCUCACUUAGCGGCAAUCAUCAUUCUGCUGCUCAAAAUCUGGAAAACCCGUUCCUGCGCAGGAAUCUCUGGGAAAAGCCAGAUACUCUUUGCUUUGGUGUUCACAACACGUUACCUGGAUCUGCUCACCUCCUUUAUUUCUCUCUACAACACGUUCAUGAAGAUCGUCUACAUCGGAUGCGCCUAUGCUACCGUGUACCUCAUCUACAUGAAAUUCAAGGCUACUUAUGAUGGAAACCAUGACACCUUUAGAGUGGAGUUUCUAGUAGUUCCUGUGGGAGGCCUGGCCUUUUUGGUCAAUCAUGACUUCUCUCCUUUGGAGAUUCUGUGGACCUUCUCCAUCUAUCUUGAGUCAGUGGCCAUCCUGCCUCAGCUCUUCCUGAUCAGUAAGACCGGAGAGGCUGAGACCAUCACCACCCACUAUCUGUUCUGCCUGGGUGUCUACCGUGCCCUCUAUCUCUUCAACUGGAUCUGGAGGUUCUACUUUGAGGGCUUCUUUGACAUGAUUGCUAUUGUGGCUGGGGUGGUCCAGACCAUCUUGUAUUGUGACUUCUUCUACCUUUAUGUCACAAAAGUGCUGAAAGGAAAGAAGCUUAGCUUGCCAGCGUAAGUGCCAAAGAACAGAAGACCUGUGUCACCAUUCAGACUCAUAUGGGGGGGGGGCACGGGCCAGCAAUGUCACAGCAAGAGGCCGAAGACAGAAAGCGCACGUGAAACUGCUGCCGUUUGUGAAAUGUCAUCUGGAUGAAAAAAAAAUGACUGCACAAUGACUGCAAUGAGGACUUCUCUUGGAUUUGGCAAUGGAAAUUUUUUGUUUUCAGCAUCUUGCGAUACCUUUUUAGUGCUGUUAAGAAAAACUCAAAAAGAACAAAAAAAAAAAGUAAACAAAUACUUUUUCUAUGUGAGGUGUUUCAUAAGUUUAAAUGUUAAAUUUGGCCAGAUUAAACACACCUUAACUCCUACUACAUGUACUUUUUGAAAAUUUAUUUGUGGUUUCUAGGAGUGUUGAAUCAGGUACAGUUUGUACUUUGACAUAAGUGACACAUGAAGUACUAUACACAUAUUUUAAACCAUCUCAUUUUUUCCCUAUAACAUGAAAUUGCUUUAGACUUCAAUGGCCUUUCAAAUUUCGUCAACUUACACAAAUGCCUUAUUCAUUUGAGAAGAAUUAUAGCCAGUAUGUAAGCAGAAACGUUUCCUUGUCGACUUUUCCGUAGAAGGAGAAUGUUUUGUACUACCAAAUCAUUCAGCACUGAUAAGUUUUUAUUUCUUAUGUAUUGGCUCCAAAUUACUGUGCAUUUUGUAUCUCUGUUAAGGUUGUAGUCAUUCAGUAGUACUCAUGAUGUAAUGUACAACCUCCAUAACACAGGACAAGAUAAUAUUAAUAGUAGUAUCCUGUGAUUAAGUAUUUGUUCUUUAGAUGCAGUAAUUUAUCAACAAAGCCCAUGGAAUUUAAUAUGGUGUGCUUAUCAAACGAGAUCUGGAGCGUGUGUGUGUACAGAUUUCAUAGAACACUUGUGUUCAGUUUGGACAUUCAUUUAUAUAUUCAGUAUGCUUGAUGUCCCCCUUCAUGAGUCAUUCUGCUAGGGUUUUCGUUUUUCGAGUUUUUAUGUUAUCACCUCCAAUAAAAUAUUUUACAGGC